UGUAAGUUGUCAAUUUUUUGUUCGACCCCAAAACUACCUAAUAGCGCAAUAAUAUCGUAUUCGUGUCGAUACUGUAGAGUAAAGUACACGGGAGCUGUAUCUGUUUGAUCAAAAUUGUAAAAGUAACUGAUAUCAUGACUUCUAUUGAAUUACCUGGAGGUUACAAAAUGCCUGUUGUUGGUUUGGGAACGUGGCAGUCAAAAGAUGAAAAUCAAAUGGAAUUAGCUCUUAAUGCUGCUCUAGAUGCGGGUUACAGACACAUCGAUACAGCUUUUUUCUACGAAAACGAAGUGAUUAUUGGGAAGAUUUUGAAAAGGUGGUUCGACUCUGGCAAAAUUAAAAGAGAAGAAUUGUUCAUUACCACAAAAUUACCCGUUUUUGCAGUACGUCCCAGCUCUGUCGAGGAAUUUUUGAAAAAAUCACUGGUAAAUUUAGGUUUGGAUUAUGUUGACCUAUAUCUAAUUCAUUUUCCGGUGUGUAUUAAAAUGCCCAACGGUCCUCUAUUUGAAGAAGGUAAUAUCUUUGAAACAGAAAAAACUGAUCACAUAGCAGUGUGGAAAAAAAUGGAAGAGCAAGUAGAUGCAGGUGGUGCCAGAUCAAUUGGGCUGUCAAAUUUUAACAUCAAACAAAUUCAGAACAUCCUAAACUCCAAUCCAAAAUAUAAACCAGCAAACGUGCAAAACGAAAUUAACGUGUACAUGCAACAACAGGAUUUGGUUGAGUUCUGCCAUGACAAUGGUAUUUCGGUUACUGCUUAUUCACCACUUUGUUCGCCGGGAAUCAAUAACUUCAUCGGCUCUUUAGGUUUAGAGCAUAAGCAAAUUCUGAACAUAUUUGAAGAUGAAACUAUUAAAAACAUUGCUGAAAAAUACAAUAAGACUAACGCCCAAAUUGUUUUAAAGUACCAACUUCAAAGAAACAUUAUUGUGAUUCCCAAAAGUGUUACUCCGAGUAGAAUUGAACAAAAUAUUGAUAUAUUCGAUUUUGAACUCGACUCCGAAGACAUAAAAAUACUGGAGUCUUUAGAAGUCGGUCCGGAAGCGCGUGUAUGUGAUUGGGCUGUUUUCUCUGGAUUGGAGAAAAAUUGUGAAUAUCCGUUUUGAAAAUGAAUAUAAAUAAUAAAAGAAUAGAAAAAAUAGCAGCAAUAUCAAUUAUUGACAUAGGUAGAUUAUUGUACAACAUAAAAAGCAUAAAUCAA